ACCGGGAGAGAGAAGCUGGGACCGCAACUACCAACUCGUGCCGACUGGAUCCUAGGUGAGCCGUUGACUGUGACAGCGCUGUGGCUAACAUGGCACCCAAAAAGAAGACUAUCAAGAAGAACAAGGCAGAGAUCAACGAGAUGACCAUCAUUGUAGAAGACAGCCCCCUAAGCAAGCUGAAUGCUCUAAAUGGGCUUCUGGAGGGAAGCAACAGCCUUAGCUGUGUUUCUUCCGAACUAACAGACACUUCUUAUGGCCCCAACCUCCUCGAAGGUUUAAGUAAAAUGAGACAAGAGAGCUUUCUAUGUGACUUGGUCAUCGGUACCAAAACCAAGUCCUUUGAUGUCCAUAAGUCAGUGAUGGCUUCAUGCAGCGAGUACUUUUAUAACAUCCUUAAAAACGAUCCGUCCACGAAAAGGGUAGACCUCAAUGAUAUCGCCCCUUUAGGGCUAGCCACAGUGAUCGCGUAUGCUUACACGGGAAAGCUGACCCUUUCUUUAUACACAAUAGGAAGCAUCAUUUCUGCUGCUGUGUACCUCCAGAUCCACACCCUUGUAAAGAUGUGCAGCGAUUUUCUGAUCCGAGAGAUCAGUGUGGAGAACUGCAUGUACGUGGUUAACAUUGCUGAGACCUACAGCUUGAAAAACGCAAAGGCAACAGCCCAGAAAUUCAUCCGGGAUAACUUCAUCGAAUUUGCAGAAUCCGAACAAUUUAUGAAGCUUACGUUUGAACAGAUUAACGAGCUUCUCGUAGAUGACGACUUACAAUUGCCUUCUGAGCUUGUAGCAUUCCAGAUCGCAAUGAAAUGGUUAGAAUUCGACCAAAAGAGAGUGAAGCAUGCGGCAGAUCUUCUAAGCAACAUUCGCUUUGGUACCAUCUCUGCACAAGACCUGGUCAAUUAUGUUCAAACCGUACCGAGGAUGAUGCAAGACGCUGAUUGUCAUAAACUGCUUGUGGAUGCCAUGAACUAUCACUUACUCCCUUAUCAUCAAAACACACUGCAAUCUAGGCGCACAAGAAUUAGAGGCGGCUGCCGAGUUCUGAUCACUGUUGGGGGACGCCCCGGCCUGACUGAGAAGUCCCUUAGUAGAGACAUUUUAUAUAGAGACCCUGAAAAUGGAUGGAGCAAGCUUACAGAAAUGCCAGCCAAGAGUUUUAAUCAGUGUGUGGCUGUGAUGGAUGGAUUCCUUUAUGUAGCAGGUGGUGAGGACCAGAAUGACGCCAGAAACCAAGCCAAGCACGCAGUCAGCAAUUUCUGCAGGUACGAUCCCCGCUUCAACACCUGGAUUCACUUGGGCAGCAUGAACCAGAAGCGCACGCACUUCAGCCUGAGCGUGUUCAACGGGCUGCUGUACGCGGUGGGCGGCCGUAACUCCGAGGGCAGCCUGGCUUCGCUGGAGUGCUACGUGCCCUCCACCAACCAAUGGCAGCCCAAAGCGCCGCUCGAGGUGGCGCGCUGCUGCCACGCCAGCGCCGUGGCCGACGGCCGCGUGAUCGUGACCGGCGGCUACAUCGGCAGUGCGUACUCGCGCUCCGUGUGCGCCUACGACCCCGCGCUCGACGCGUGGCAGGAGCUGCCCCAGCUGAGCACGCCCCGAGGCUGGCACUGCGCGGUGGCGCUGGGCGACAGGCUGUACGUGAUGGGGGGCAGCCAGCUGGGGCCGCGCGGGGAGCGCGUGGACGUGCUCACGGUGGAGAGCUUCAGUCCCGCAGCGCGCCAGUGGAGCUUCGUGGCGCCGCUGCCCGUGGGCGUGAGCACGGCGGGUGUCUCGGCGCUGCACGGGCGAGCCUACCUGCUGGGCGGCUGGAACGAGGGCGAGAAGAAGUACAAGAAAUGCAUCCAGUGCUUCAACCCCGAGCUCAACGAGUGGACGGAGGACGACGAGCUGCCCGAGGCCACCGUGGGCGUGUCCUGCUGCACGCUGGCCAUGCCCAACAGCGUGUCCCGAGAGUCACGGGCCAGCUCGGUGUCCUCCGUGCCGGUCAGUAUCUGAACGCAUUGCUUCCCAAUGUGGUCAAACUGUGAGUGGGCCACCAGGAAAAUAUACACCAUUUACUACAGUGACGGUGGUUCAAAUCGAUCCAGAGGAGUGCCUGGACCGCUUUAAAUUCUUAGUUUAGCACCAUCUACCUCAGUCUUUCCCUCCAAAAAAAAAAAAAUAAUAAAGGGCUGUAGCCAACAAAAGAAGCAAUUUCAUUAUGCAGCCACUGGGUGGCCACUAGAGUUUGUUACAGGCACUCUUGCAAGGAGGCUCGCUUCCUAAAUUCAUAGCAGUUACACACACGCUGAGAUUUUCCCACGGUGUACACGUGAAACCUACUCGUCUAUACAAUUUCCUAUCCAAAGGAGUAUUUUCCUCUCUGUUUCUUUGAAGGAAGUUGAAAAUACCCACUUCACAUUUGCAAAUGAAAAUAGUCUACAUCUAUAAAGAUUUAAUUCUAUAUUUCAACAGAAAAUUAUUCUUUGUCCCUACUUGACUGGAAAGAACUUUUAAAAAGAUCUCAUGACAUAGCCACAAAGCUUUUAACAGGAUGUGGCUGGAAAGCUAUACAUUCUACCUAGGAAACGACAAGGUGGCAGUUUGGGGUUAACGGUGUAUACCCCCUCAUUCUGUCCUUGAAGCUUCUGCCAUUUUCUAACAUAAAAUCCUACUCUCAGAAAAGGAACAGUUUCCUGUCAUUUAAUUUAUAGUGUAAAUUCAAAUCAUUUGGCAUUUUUCUUAGAAAUAUUUCCACUUGUAUCUCUAAUCCUUAUAUGGACAGAGUUGUUUUUUUUUUCUUUUUUUUUUUUUUUUUUUUUUUUCCUUUUUUCUGGAUGGGCCUGGUACACACUAGUACUCUACCCGGGAGCUAACUACAUAUCCAGUCUUCGCUUUAUUUUAAUAUUUGAGACAUGGUUUCAUUAAGUAGACCAGGCUAGCCUCAAACUCCCAGUGCCUCCUGAGUGAUGGGAUUAAAGGUGUGUGCCACCACUCACAGCCCUCUUUCUUAUUUUAAAGUAGGAUUUUACUAGGUUGCCAGGCUGCUCCUCCUGCUUCAGCAUCCCCAGUAGGCUGGAAUUACAGGCGUGUACCAUCGGGUACAGCUUUAUCUUACUCAGGUAUGGUCAAAUUGCCUCUAACAUUAGCCCGAAUAAUCACCAAAUCACACUAUGUUCUUGGAUGAAUAUCAUUAACUGCAGCUUAGCCUUUGGCUGUACAGCCAAUAGCAGUAAUUUUACUGACCCCUCGUUCACGUGGAGAUGAUGAAGGAAAUAUUUGGGGUUCUCGGACUUGGCAAUUACCAGAUGAAUAGAUGGGUUCCUCACUGAGGAGUGCUGAUAGCUAACUUAAAAUAUUAACCCCCAAAAUAAUGCUCUUUAUGAUUUACUUUUGUUAAUACCACUUUGCAAAUCAAACUGUAUCUAUUUGGUUGGUUGGUUGGAUCUUUUCUUUUCUUUUCUCUUCUUUUCUUUUCUUUCCUUUUCUUUUCUUUUCUUUUCUCUUCUUUCUUUUUCUUUUUUCCUUUUUCUUUUCUUUUCUUUUUUUUUUUAGACAGGGUCUCACUAUGUAGCUCUGGCUGCCCUAGAACUCAUUUAGGUAGACCAAGCUGGUCUCAGACUCAGUAAGAUCUGUCUCUGCCUCCCGAGUGCUGAAAUUAAAGGCUUAUGUCAUCCUGCCUUGCAACGUGUAUUUUCCUGCUACCAUUUCCUUGAGUUAUCUGCCAAGUUUGGAAGAAAGGGGAAGAACUGUAGUAAAUGAUGGAUAUUUUCCUUUAAUAUAUCAGUUUAUCUUCAUAGUAUAUUUGUUUGGGGAAGGAAAUGCCUAUCAUCCAUGCCUUCUGUACAACUAGAGAAUUUGGAGGGAUGGAGAGGCAUCUGGAACUGUAUCUUGGUUAUUACCAAUCCCAGCCUUUCCUAUUACAUGUGUGUUGUAGCUGUCAUGGUCAUGUCUAAAGCCCAGUCCCCUUGUCUGUGGGUUAACACAUCUGUAGGUGCAGCUAGACCCAAGAUGAAGAUAUUUGAAAAAAAAAUUGCAUAGCAAACAUGUACCAAAUAUUUUCUCCCCCCCCCCAGCAAUACAGCACAACAGUUUGCAUAGCAAUUGCAUUGUAUUAGAUAUUAUAAUACCCUAGAAACAAUAUAACUUAUAGAAGAAGAUGUGAGCAGGGUGUAUGUAAAUAGUACAUGCCACUUUGUAGAUGGGACGUGAGUGUCACAGACACUGUAUCCCAGCAGGGGAUGGGGCAUGUCCUGGUUCCAGUCUCCCAAGGACACUGAGGGAUGGCUACAUCUUAUUCCAACUGUGAAAAGUGGUUCAAAUAAAACAUUCUUGAGAUAACCUUCCUCAUCACCCCUUACAAAAAGUUCUGUUUGGGGUAUUCAACAGUGAUGCUCAGGAACAGAGGAACAGACUAUAAACACUGUAAAUAAGUAAGACACCAUUAGCACAAAGAUACAGAGAGAAAGAGGAGUUCCAUCAAUUGCAGGGAAAACCUAAAGACACCUGCUCUUUUGCCUCCAUGACUGUGCAGGCUGGAAAACAAAACUCUGAGCAAAUAUUUUGGGGAUCAUUUGGCCACGACUUGCUAGGGCAGCCAUCACAUCUUAUCAGGGCAGUAUAGACACACCUCUGCAAUUUAUGCCUACAGUAUAUGGGUAAUUUUGAGAGAGAAAAGGGUGCUUCAUUGGGGGCUACAAAUAAUUGAAUAGACUGAUGUAAUUCAUUUAUGUGCACUAAUAGCUGUGCCUCAAUAGAGAAUGUAGAGGUGUGUGAAAAGAAGGACCUAGGGCUGUGAAUGAAAUAAAAGUCAACUCGUUGUAACAUUUUAGGAUUUAAAACAUGCGGAGAGAGACAGAAAAUAGAGGGACCUCAGUUGGAGCUGGUAAGGUAGGAUGUAAAGCCCACGAGGUUGCUUUCCAGAGGCAAAGCACAGCCCGAUUACAGCCCCUGGGUAAAUUGCAAUCACUUAUGUUCUGUGUUGUUAAUCUGAAGACUCAGAAAAUAUACACAGCUGGGCUUACCACGUCUUGGUGCACUGAGGUUGAUAGGAUAUGGUCCAUGAAAGCUAGUGAAUUUUUGAGCCCCAGAAUAGCCUGCACUGCCAUUAAGGACAAAAAUGCAAGAAGAUGCAAUACGUUCUGUACCCUUCAAAGUCUUUAAUCCAUUUCCAAGUUGCUGCUCCUGGGAAGCAGAGUCCGCUUUGCAACUGCAAACUUUACAUGCUUGUACUGUGGUUCCUGCUUACCCCUAUUCAGUUACAGCCACAAGGUAGGACCCAAACAUGUACUUGUGUUUAUUUUUCUCAAAGAAAAUGUCUUGUGAUUUUUGUUAAUGCCUGAGUUCCGUGAUUAAAUAAAUGUACCAGCUCAGCUUAUCAGAAAAUACCAUGUUACCCAGCAGCCAAAACAAUAAAACUCAAGCUGCCUUUUUCUGAAUGGACCAGAGACCCGAUAAGAGCGUCUCCAGGAAGCCAGAUCUUAAUAGAGUAUGUCCAUCUUCUCUGGGCUCCCAGGCCAACCUGUGAACUCUUAACUUACCAGUUAAUUUCAGUAGGCUGAGUUCAUUUCAUUUUCACUUCCUGUUGUAAGGAUGGGUCACAAAUAGAAGGUAGGUGGCUGGUGCUUCAACAUAGUUCUCUAGACUGAUGGUGGGAAUGUGAGGAAGCGUUAUAGCUGAGGUGAUAAGGAAGUGAGUCCUGAAAGGUUCUAUGCUUUAAGACAGGGUGAUAAUGAUACUGUGUGUGUUUUACAACAGUGUGUAAAUAGAAGUUAUGUGGCAACAGGAGGUAGGUUUCCCACCCCCACUCCCACUAUCUUGCCCAAAUGUCUUCGGAAUUCCACUAAAUUAUCAAGUUAAAUGGACUUAAGACAAUUGGUUGCAUUUGUUUUCCCUUAGUUACAACAGACUCCACCUCUGUAGUUGCUGAGAGCUGGGCCCCUACCCCAGCGUAGGCACAAGGCAGCAAGAAAAGGCAUUCUUUUCAUAGCAAUACAAAUUAUACUCAAUACUUUCCAUUCUAAAUUACUAGAACUAAAGGAUUAAAAUAUUAACAAUUUACCCCCAUAAUGUGCCAUUUAGCAUUCCCUCGAACAGAGUUUGACACAAAAUGUUUAUCUUGGACACUCCUAAAAUAUGUUUGUUGUGGUUGUUUAUCCAGCAAAUUUUGGCAGAAAUCUCUUUGGCUUAAAACAUUCUGGUUUCCUGUAAAGAACAACAAAGAAACCCAUACGUUGUGUUAUUUUGUAACUUCACCACUGUUAAUAAAGCUGCAUAUAAAAA